GAGACAGAGACAGUCUGCAGGACUCAGCACUCAGGACACCACUAGGUAGAGCUGCAGAGACAGUCUUCAGGACAGGACCCAGCUAGACUCAGCUAGUCUCAGCUAGGUAGAGCUGCUGCUAGAGCAGAAAGUGGGCGAUGUUGCAGCUGGGAUCCUGUUUAUGGACGUUGAGAGGAGGCUGCUGAUCCAGUCUGCUGAUCCAGUCUGCUGAUCCAGUCUGCUGAUCCAGUCUGAGGGCCUGUGAGAGGUUCAGGUUGAGUCUCGUCUCAUCGCUGCAGUAUAUUUUUAGAUCACUUCUUGUUCUCUAAAGGAAUACUAACAUGUCGUCUCCCAGUCCGGGCAAGAGGCGGAUGGACACCGACGUGGUGAAACUCAUUGAGAGCAAGCACGAGGUCACCAUCCUCAGUGGACUCAACGAGUUUGUGGUCAAGUUCCACGGACCGCCUGGAUCAUCGUACGAAGGAGGCGUCUGGAAGGUCAGAGUGGACCUGCCAGAUAAAUACCCCUUCAAAUCACCAUCAAUAGGAUUCAUGAAUAAAAUCUUUCAUCCCAACAUCGAUGAAGCGUCAGGAACGGUGUGUUUAGAUGUCAUUAACCAGACAUGGACGGCUCUCUACGACCUCACCAACAUCUUUGAGUCGUUCCUCCCUCAGCUGCUGGCCUACCCCAACCCCAUCGAUCCUCUGAACGGGGACGCAGCAGCCAUGUACCUGCACCGGCCGGAGGACUACAAACACAAGAUCAAAGAGUACAUCCAGAAGUACGCCACGGAGGAGGCUCUAAAGGAGCAGGAGGAGGGAGGGGGCGACUCCUCUUCCGAGAGCUCCAUGUCAGACUUUUCGGAGGACGAGGCUCAGGACAUGGAGUUGUAGUGACUCCCCCCCCUUCGCCUCACAGCAGACUGUCAUUUCCUAAAGAGCAGAAACUCAGUGCUAUAUUCAUAUUUAAACAAGACAAUUUUUUACAGCAACACGAGGAUUUUUAUUGCUACACAAGGAUUUGCAGUACGAUAUUGCAGAAUAUUAAACUUAGGAAUUCAUGACCACCUGCCCUUCGGCCCUCCUCUUCAUCACCCGAGAGCCUGUUUAGACCAGAGAGGAGUUCAUCGUUCAUUUCCACCGUCUUUGGUGACUUCAGUCGAGGCCUUCGCUCCAGACUGAGCAGUGAGGCCGACGCAGGAGGAGGACGGAGGAGGACGGAGGAGGACGACGGAGGACGACGGAGGACGACGGAGGACGACGGACGACGGACGACGGACGACGGAGGACGGACACGACACGCUCAACUUUUGUUCUUGUCUUUAUUAAACACUUUACUGCGUCUCGGGCUUCUGUCCCCCUCGCCGACGGAGGACCGCAGGAUGACAAUCCACCAUUUCUGAGCGGUCUCAACUCCCCAUACCCCCACCCGAGGAGCUGCCAUUACAAUCAUCACUUCGAGGAGCUGAAGGCCACCGCGUCGUGGUCGUCGUGUGUUCAUCGUGUACAGACUGGCGUGGCUGCAGACGGCCUCUCUGACAGGACUGCUGACACGUCACACACACACACCAUCAGACGACCGAUGCAUCAACCAUGACAACGCCACAGCGUGUGUGUGUGUUUGUGUGUGUGUGCGUGUGUGUUCGUGUGUGUGUGCAUGCAUGGAUGUAGUCCAGGGAGAAUCAUGGCGUAUUGAAAACCUGUGUUGUUCUGACCCCUGAGCAGGAAUCAUAAAGCCCGGGACACACCGGGAACGUCAGCAGCGCGUGGCGGCUGCGUUACCUGUUGUUUUUAUUUCGGCGUCCGUGUUAACAACACUGACCGCGUGAGACGCGCUUCUCAGCUGCGUCUCUUCUAGAGAUUCGAGGUGUCGCCUAUUUUUGAUGUGUGCCGCGCGGUUCACAGCAACAACAGACAGUGAAGGUGAUCUAUUGACUGCAUAUUAACAUCAUAUCAGCAACAUUACUAUAGUUUAUAUGUCUAUCUGGAGAAUAUGUUAUGGAGUGUAUUUUUUUUUAUUUUUAAAUCAACACUUCCUGCUUUCAUUUCAAAAUAAAAGCCCUCAAGAGUU